GCUCUCUCUGUGGGUCGCUUAACUAUCUGCUCGAGUUGAAAGAACAAAGCUGCAUUUCAGUUUGAAAUCUUUUUACGUUGCUAUUUUAAAAAAAUCUCACCUGGACUGAACGAAAUUAACUUUGUAAAAAGAGAGUCUCCUUCGAGGAAUUUUGUGGAUUUACAUAUUUAAACUCUAGUCAUCAAAUGGAGCCGACGGUGGAAUAUCCUGACGCCUAUGAUUACUAUGAGGACAACGAGACUGUGUGCGACUAUUCUGAGUGGGAACCAUCCUAUUCACUUAUCCCGGUUCUCUACAUGCUCAUAUUCAUCCUCGGCCUGUCCGGUAAUGGCGUGGUCAUCUUCACCGUAUGGCGCUCCAAGUCCAAACGUCGCGCCGCGGACAUAUACAUCGGCAACCUUGCAUUUGCGGACCUGACGUUCGUCAUUACGCUACCGCUCUGGGCAGUGUAUACAGCUCUGGGUUACCACUGGCCGUUUGGUGUUGCGCUCUGCAAGAUUAGCAGCUACGUAGUGUUGGUUAACAUGUAUGCCAGUGUCUUCUGCCUCACCUGCUUGAGUUUUGACCGCUACCUUGCCAUUGUCCACUCUCUCUCCAGCGGGCGUCUCCGUUCUCGUGGUACUAUGUUGGCAUCUCUAGGUGCCAUCUGGUUGCUCUCAGGUCUACUGGCAGUGCCUACCCUGCUCUUCCGUACCACUGUGGAUGAGGCAGGCAGCAACCGCACCACUUGUGCUAUGGACUUCAGUCUAGUGACGCUGAAUCAGCAGCACGAGUCCCUGUGGAUAGCAGGUCUCAGCCUCUCUUCCUCAGCACUGGGUUUCCUCCUGCCCUUUCUGGCCAUGACCGUCUGCUACUGCUUUAUCGGCUGCACGGUGACGCGACACUUCAGCCACCUCCGCAAGGAGGACCAGAAAAAACGACGCCUCCUGAAGAUCAUCACCACGUUGGUGGUCGUCUUCGCUUUCUGCUGGACGCCCUUCCACGUCCUCAAAAGCAUGGACGCCCUGUCUUACCUCGACCUGGCGCCGACCUCUUGCGGCUUCCUGAACUUUCUGUUGCUGGCUCAUCCCUACGCCACCUGCCUCGCCUACGUCAACAGCUGCCUCAACCCUUUCCUUUACGCUUUCUUCGACCUGCGUUUCCGAUCUCAGUGCCUCUGUUUGCUCAACCUGAAGAAGGCGAUGCAUGGACACAUGAGCUCCAUGUCCUCCACCCUCAGCGCUCAGACCCAGAAAUCUGAGGUACAGUCGCUUGCCACCAAAGUGUGAGAAAGAGAAGUGGUAGCGGUAAGAGGGAGGAGAGGAGAGAGAGGAGGUAAGAGGACGUUGGGAUGAGGGAGUAAACACGCGGUGGGAAUUAGCUGACGGCUGGUCCGCUUUGGCUGGCUCUGGUAGUUAAAGGCCCUGAAUGUGAGAAGAUGGAACAGUCAAAGACUCUGUAGGACAAUGAGCAUCUUCUUCUUCUUCUUUCUGUCUUUGAGCAAGACUUUCCGUGAGUGACAGGGAAGGGUCGCGUGUAUGUAUGUAUGUAUAUAGCAUUUUGUGUAUUCUACUGUAUUCAUGGAGGAGUUUGGAUUAUCAAUGAGUAGGGUGUAUGUGUGCGGUCAUCAGUGUAUAUGUGUGUGCGUGUGCGUGUGUACAUGUAUGUGUGCAUGCUCACUGACUUGCCUGCUUGCAUACAUUUCUGGCAACAGGACCAGGGCCAAAUAUGAUCUCUUGAAAAAAAAAACAAAACAAUUACUUUCACUUCUUCAAAGUAUUAUAAAGAUACUGAAGCCAGGAGACAUGCUAGUGUUUGUGUGUGUGUGUGUGUUUGUGUGUUUGUGUGUAUGUGCGUGUGUUGUGAGCUUGAUUCCACUGGUUUAGAAUGACAACAAAUUGUACAGUAUUUUCAUACUUUUCUCUUUUGCAAUGUUGAAGAUUUCACUCAGUGUCUAUAGCACUUGGUUAAAUGAAGAUAUAAAGGCAAAACAUUUGGCAAAUGAAUUCUUCAGCCUGAGCUUGUAAGUGUGUGUAUGUGUGUGUGUGUGUGUCUUGAUGAAAGGGUUAGAACGUAUGUCUUUUUGGGGGGAGAAGAAUGGGAGGGGGGGCCGUAACCAGAGAGAAGGUGUUGCGUCUUAAUUAGACAGUUUAAAGAGCAGACAGAGAGA